AUGGAAGAUAUAUCAGAAGAUCCAAAGACUCCAUUACAUGCAAAGGCAAAUGAACAAUUAAAUCUAGACAAUGUUAACGAAUUAGAUGAAAAGGAAAUUGAGGAUUUAGAUUUGAAUCCUACCUUUGACGAAAGUCUGCCUCCAAGUACCGUACCCUCAAGAAUCAAUCUAGAUAACAUGAAUGAGCCUAUGCCUGCAUGCUUAAGAAUGAAAAGAUCUAUUAAUGACGCAGAAGACGUUACUAUUGCUGGUGAAAACGAAUAUUCCUUGAAUACAACUUCCUCACCUAUGUUUGAUAACGUUGAGGAUUUUAAACCUUCUAUAAAUGUCACCUCACCAUUCUCAUCAUCCACUCUAUUACAGAAUAAAUCAUCAUCUGUAACCACACAACGUGGUAGGCGUUUAUCAAUGACACAACAAUCUAAAUUUGUCUCUUAUGUAGAUCAAAGAUUCAUGGAUAUUCAGAGAAAAUUUGUACAAUCUAGAGGAUUAAAUAAUGAAAAUGGUUACAAAAAAUUAUCUGAACUAUUAAAGGAUAUAAAAUCCUUGUUAGAUUUUAUAUGGUAUUCAAUUGAUAAUACAUCAAGUACAGAUUUUUUGUUGCAGGAAAUGGGAGAUGCUACUAAUGAUUCUAAUUCGUUAGUAAGUGAUGAUGCUAUAAAUUUAGAUUUAAUGAAUGAUCCUAACAACAAACCUUUGAAAAAUAAAUCAAUCUUUGAUUUUGGUCAAAGUUCAUAUGUGAUUAAGAUUGCUGAUGAUGUUAUAGAUUAUAUAGAAAAAUUUGAGAUUGAAGUGGAGGAUAAUGAUACCAUAUCAAAACUUUUUAAACUUUUCUUUAUCUUAGAUAAAAUUUUUGCCAAACUAAUAACAGGAAGUAAUAAUAAUUCCAUAAAAUUGAAUAGAACAGAUAUAGUAAGAUUUGUUGGUAUCGCGGAAAGGUCAAGAGUUAGAUUACCACUAUUUUUCGAACAUUUAAAUAUCCAUGGCUUCCAUUAUGAAUUGAGUAAAAUAUAUGAAACAAGUUUAGACCUUUGUUAA